AUGGAUAAAAUAUCAUUAAAUGAAGCAAAAAAUGAAUUUAUUAAUUUAAUUUACAAAUUAGAUAAAAAUAAUAAAACUUUAUUCAAAGAAUGGGUUUUUUCUAUAUUAAAAAAUGAUGUCAAAUGCAUUCCUGAACCUUUAGAAUCUAAUUAUGAUUUUACAGAUGAAGAUGUGCUUGAGGCAUUUGCUUCCCGUGUAAGGGAUAUGGUACCUGUUGAGGCAACAUUUAAUUCAGAAAAUGUUAUCUUUCAAGAGAGUGGUCCUGAUUCAGAUUGUAAAAAAAAUACAACAAUUCAUUUGGAUGCAUUUUUAUAUGAUGAUCAGUUAAUGGAGUAUAUGAUAGAGGAAGGAAUAAUUCAAUGUUAUUAUUGUCUAGAUUGUUUAUCUUCAAAUGUUCAAAAAAAAACUUUUAUAUCACAUUCUCUUAGUAUACUUCAACAACGUUAUAUAUUUAAUUAUCUAGUUCCUCAAUUUACUACACUAGAGGGAAAGGUAAUCUUAGAUUUGGGUUCAAGAAUGGGUGCAGUUAUGUAUGGAGCAAAUAUAUAUUCUAAUGGAAAAAGUAAAGUUAUUGGAAUUGAAAUGAAUAGAGAUUGGUGUAAUAUUCAAAGAGAAAUCAUUGGUGGUGAGAAGGAAGCAUUAAAAAAAAAUAGUGAUGGUGAAGUUGAUAUAGAGGUAGUCGAGGGAAACAUUCUCGAUUAUGCUAAUAUUUUAAAUAAAGCAGAUAUUACAAUAAUGAAUAAUGUUUUUAGUUUUUUCAAUGAUAUUGAAGAACAAAAAAAAUUAUGGAAAUUUGUUUUUCAAAAUUUAAAAAAUGGAUCAUUUUUAGUUCAUAAUCCAAAAUUAGAUAAUGAAUAUUUUGCUCACCUUAAUUUAGAUUUUAAUAUUUAUGAUGUUAUUGAACCUUUAACUUAUAAAAAUGUUUUAAAAAAAUUUGCAGAUGGUGAUAAAAAUAUCAAAGCAGAUUGUAAUGAAAUUCGUAUAUAUAGAAUAAAAAAUUCUCUACCAAAAUAA